AUGAAAUGCGGAGCUCCCUCCCGGUCUGCGGCUAGCGCUGAGGCCACGGGGGGCUUUGUGGUGUUUCCCGCAGAGUUCGCACACAAGAAAUGUGGCGCGGACGGUCGCUGGGAGGGGCGGCCUGGCAGUGGGGGCGGCGGCGGCGGAAGCGUAGGUGGCGGAGGAGCCACGGGCGGCGACGGGCAGCCUGGCGGCGUUGGCGGCGGCGGCGGAGGCGGCAGCGGUGGCGGCGGCGGUGGAGGAGGCACGGUGCUCGACGUGAGUGCCAGCGGUUCGGCCGCGCCUCAAGUGCUGGUGCUGAUGAAGAAGCUGCUGGCGGGGCCCGUGGAGGCGGCCGCCACCAAGCUGGCCAUCGCCGCGCGCACGCGCACCCUCGAGAUCGUCGGGCUGAGCGUGUCGCUCGCCGCGCUGCUGCUCUCGCUCGCCAUCUUCUGCCGAUUCCGGAGCCUCCGCAACAACCGCACGCGCAUCCACAAGCACCUGUUCGUGGCGAUGGUGAUCCAGGUGGUGAUCCGGCUCACGUUGUACAUCGACCAGGCGGUGCUGCGCGGUGGCGCGGCGAGCGCGGGCGUCGGGCUGCGCACCGGCCUGCAGGGCAUCAACACGCCCGGACUCUGCGAAGUGGGAUAUGUGCUGCUGGAAUACGCUCGAACUGCCAUGUUCAUGUGGAUGUUCGUCGAGGGACUCUAUUUGCACAACAUGAUCACAGUGUCCGUGUUCCAGGAGCACGCCUACUACGCCGCCUACCCGCUGCUGGGCUGGGGCGCGCCAGUCGUCAUGACCACGGCCUGGGCCGUCACAACCGGCCUGCGCUACGGGCCCUCCAAGUGCUGGUACGGCUACAACCUCACGUACUACUUCUGGAUACUCGAGGGGCCGCGCCUCGGCGUCGUCGUGCUGAACCUGCUCUUCCUGCUGAACAUCAUCCGCGUGCUGGUGCUGAAGCUGCGCCAAAGCCGCACGUCGGAGCUGGAGCAAGUGAGGUGAGUCCCUCGGGCGGCGCUGGUGCUGCUGCCGCUGCUGGGCAUCACCAACCUGGUGAACAUGGCCGAGGCGCCGCUGGAGCGCGCCGUGUGGCAGUUCGCGCUGUGGAGCUACGGCACGCACUGCCUCACCUCCUUCCAGGGGCUGCUCAUCGCCUGCCUCUACUGCUUCCUCAACGGGGAGGUGCGUCCGGCCGCCGGCCGCCGCCGGCGCCUCCCCACGCUUUG